UGCACUCAGAGGGCCCACGACUGGGACAGAGUGGCACGCCCACCGCGCUCAAAGACCCGCCCCUGCGCUUGGGUGGCCUGGUCACUGACUGUGGUCCUUUUUGUAUAGCCCCGCCCAUCUCAGGUUUAGCGGUCCAGCCCGUUCCGAAAUGCCUCCGCCUCACCUAGCAAAAAGACUAUCCCUCGGUUUUAUUUUCACACACCCGUCCCAGUGUGCGCUUAGGCUCCAUCUUCCAGCCCUCUUGAGUGAGGAUCAGACUUAUCCAAAACCCUGGUCCUAAACAGACUGACCUUCUGAUUUUAGGCCGCCACCCCUGUCUCCAUGAAUUUGGUUAUCAUCGGCUAUCAUCCUCUCCCCCUGCCCGACUGCUCCUUGGUUCCUCUGCUAGCAAGAUGCUGGGUGGAAGCGUGAAGUCCGAGGCCAGAGUCUCGGAACCUAGUCCCGCUUGCCAGGAUCCAGUGGCCCAAGGAGCUCCCCACCAGGACCUGCCGAAGCCCAGCCUCCCUGCUGUAUCUGAGAGCAGCGUGCCCUCCCGGCCCCGCCGGCGCCCUCCGCCCCAGCGCCCGCACCGCUGCCCGGACUGUCCCAAGGCCUUCUCCUACCCGUCCAAGUUGGCCACGCACCGCCUGGCGCACGGCGGCACCCGCCCGCACCCGUGCCCCGACUGCCCCAAGGCCUUUUCCUACCCGUCCAAGCUGGCUGCGCACCGCCUCACGCACAGUGGAGCUCGCCCCCAUUCCUGCCCGCACUGCCCCAAGGCCUUCGGCCACCGCUCCAAGCUGGCGGCGCAUCUCUGGACCCACGCGCCCGCCCGCCCCUACCCGUGCCCCGACUGCCCCAAGUCUUUCUGCUACCCGUCCAAGCUGGCAGCCCACCGCCACACGCACCACGCCACCGACGCCCGCCCCUACCCUUGCCCGCACUGCCCCAAAUCCUUCUCGUUUCCCUCCAAACUGGCGGCCCAUCGCCUGUGUCACGACCCUCCUACCGCGCCCAGCAGCCAGGCCACUGGCAGCCACCGAUGCUCCAGCUGCGACCAGGCCUUUGGCCAGAGACGCCUCCUCCUGGUUCAUCAACGAAGCCACCACCAGACUGAGGGCCAGGGAGAGAGGGAGUGAGCUGGCCUAGCCUAUUUGGCCUCCUUUGCCUGUCAAUAAAGA